AUGCAGAACGAGUGGUUAGACAUAGGAGAUUUUUGCAUCCCAUUAGCAUUAAAAUGGCGCACUUUAAUUUAUGAUUGGUCGCCAGCAUUGCUAAAAUUCUAUCUCAAUGCGUUCCAGAUGACUCUCCCAGAUCAGAGUAAUUUAGUAAGAUGGGGUAAAAGUACCGAAAAAACUUGCUAUAUCUGUGGAAAGGCAGUUGGAACUGCUAAGCAUCUGCUGGUGGGAUGUAAGGUACUCCUUGACAGCGGUCAAUACUCGCGUCGUCACGAUAGGGUUCUAGAAGUCAUACGUGAAGCGGUUAGUCUUUCGGUAGCCAGAGCGCAAAAGGGAAUAACCUCAAACGAACGAUCAGUAGGUUUUGUGAAAGAAGGCACUAGGGCUACAAAAUCAAACGUCAAGCCUUACUCCAUCCUUAAAGCGGCGUCGGAUUGGACUAUAAUGAUGGACACGUAUGAAAAACAAUAUAAAAUCCCCGAGGAUAUUUGUGCGUCGGCCUCCAGACCGGAUAUAUUUUUGUUUUCGCGAAUUUUAAAGCGCGUAGUGAUGAUAGAGCUUACGGUCCCUUGGGAAACCAACAUCCCCAAAGACCAUACCAUCAAGGUCAACAAAUAUUACGAGCUCACAAACGAACUCGCUCGAAAUAGGUUCGUAGUAGAUUUGUACGCGGUAGAGGUGGGAGCGAGAGGUAUAACAGCGAAAUCUCUCUAUAACCUACUAAAGGACUUGGGCUUGUCCAGAACUCACAUUAAUGCAUUCUUGGAACGUACAUCGAAGGCAGCCCUAGUAGGUUCUUUUCAAAUUUGGUUAGGUAGGGAGAGGAGCUUGGACAGUGGAGGUGAGCGUAUAACGCGCGUUAGUUAA